AUGACGUGCGGGGCUCACAGAUGAGGCAACCUUUGAGUCUCUGUAUUCUGAGACCAAAGCCUGAGCCCAAAGAUGCUUACUCGGCAGCUGCAUCUCCAGACAGUGAAGUGACUGAUGCCUUCCCGGAUUCUCAUGAGAAUGACCAACUGGAUUCCAACGCUCAAUGUACUUUCGAUCUGUCAUAUAAAACUGAGCAAGACACUCCAGUGAUUCCUUCGGACCAACGUUGCAGAUCCACAAUUGGGGCAGCGAAGCCACUUUACGUUCCAGACCAAGAACAACGCGACCAUAUAUGUGUGCACUGUGGCAAAUUUUUUGCGCAAAAGGGCUAUUUACAUUUGCACAUCAACUCUCUUCACUUGAAACAACCCGGCUAUACGUGUCUGCGCUGUGGCAAAUCUUUCGUCCGGAAGCACUAUUUACAAUUGCACAUCAACUCUGUUCAUUUCAAUUUUCGUCCCUUUAAAUGUGAACAGUGUGGUGCAUUGUUUACCCAGCAUUGCGGUUUGCAAAAGCAUAUCAAAUCUGUUCAUACGGAUGAGCGCACCCAUUCUUGUGAGCUCUGCGACAAAUCCUUUUCUGGGAAGGGUAAUUUACAAGCUCACGUCAAAGCUGUACAUUUAGCACAGCGCCCCUUUAUUUGUGAACAAUGUGGUAAAUCGUUUUCUCAGAAGUCUCAUAUGCGAACACAUCUCAAAUCCGUUCAUCUGAAACUUCGCCCCUUUACCUGUGAACACUGUGGUGCGUCGUUUCCUCUGAAUGGCAUUUUACAAAAGCACAUCAGAUCUGCUCACACGAAUGAGCGCCCCCAUGCAUGUGAGCUCUGCGACAAAUCCUUUGCUCAGAAGGGUACUUUACACAACCACGUCAACUCAGUUCAUCUUGCACAGCGCCCCUAUACUUGUGAACAGUGUGGUAAAUCGUUUUCUCGGAUCUGUUAUAUGCGAACGCAUCACCAGUCCGUUCAUCUGAAACAACGCCCCUUUAAAUGUGAACAGUGUGGUGCAUCGUUUACUCGGAGUCACAUUCUGCGCAGGCAUAUCAAAUGCGUUCACUCGGCUAUACAACUUCAAACCAUAACACAUUUGCACAAAGGCAACUGACUCAGGCGAAGCUGCGACAAUUCUCUUUAUGUGGCAAUGGUUUGCAAUAUAUGAAGUGUCCUUGAAUGUUUUUCUUCGGUACUUCGGUCUCCCAGUGGGAUUGGAUAUAAGCGGUACUGUGACACUUACGUGCAAAUCACUAUUUUCGGACACAUCAGCAGACCUAGAUUACUUGACCCAGUGCAUUUACAUGCCUGCAAUCCUUCGCCGUGGAACACACCGUCACUUUGCAGGGGGCUUGCACACCGCAACUUUUGACGCAUUUGUAUCUGUGUGACUUUACAUUGUGCUUCUAAUUAAACCCAUUUGACCUG